AUGCCCAAGGAACAAUAUGAUCCGCCAGACCCGAGGCGGAUGUACACAAUAAUGUCCACUGAGGAGGCAGCCAACGGGAAGAAGUCGUACUGGGCUGAGCUCGAAAUUAGUGGUGAGGACUGGUGGGGGGAUGGCUUCCACAUGUAGGCCUAUAGGUGUAUACUUUAUUUCCAUUUAAAUUGAGUAAGGGUUUUUAUGUACUCCUGUUUUCACUGAUUCACUCUCUUGUCUCCUGAUUUCCCCACUCGUCUCGGCAGGUAAAGUGAGGAGUCUGAGCACCUCAUUAUGGACGUUGACUCACCUCACUGCUCUUCAUAUCGGCGAUAACUCCCUCUCUCGUAUCCCGCCCGAUAUUGCCAAACUUCAAAACCUGGUGUACCUGGACCUCUCAUCCAACAAGAUCAGGAGCCUGCCCGCCGAGCUUGGCAACAUGGUGUCUCUCAGGUCUGUCAUAGCCUACAAUGGACACAAUUCAACUUGCACUGAGUGUUGUUUACUAUGCUAGUUUGGAGAACCAACAUUGACAUGGCUGUGUCUUCCAAAUGAUAAAUAAUUUGCACUAAAAGCUGGUGAUUGGGCCUGUUAAAGAGAGGAGUUUGCAGUUUCUCAAUAGCAUAGGAAUUUAACCAGGUAUCUCUUUAAUUUAAACCCUUUCACAGUUCUCAUGCUUCAAACCCUGUUGUUUUGAGCUAGUUACGCUAUAACUGGAAAUGUUAAGUGUGUUCUUCAUCUAAUCAACAAUGCCAUUUCAGGAUCCCUAGGGGAUUUAGGCUGAGAGCACAUUCUAUAAAAUAGAUUAAUGAAGAGACAUUUUAGCCUCCCAUGUGUGGUAUUACACAUCUGUUACCCACUGUGAUUGAAAUUGGUAAUAGCUAGUUACUGUUUCAAGGAAAUGUGUGUUUUUGUUUGUAUCGUGCUUGUGUAUCCCCUCUCCUGCACCUGUACCUCAAUGACAAAUUGCUCAUUAACUGGCUGAGCAGACAUGGAAAUGGUCUGAACAGAUACUUAUUGAUUGACAUGCUGACUAGACCGGGUGCGUGUGCGCAUGUUGAUUUUGUCUGUCCACACCAGACGCGAUCAGGACACGCAGGUUAAAAUAUCAAAAUGAACUCUGAACCAACUAUAUUAAUUUGGGGACAGGUUGAAGCACAUUAAACAUUCAUGGACAUUUAUCUAGCUAGCUUGCUGUUGCUAGCUAAUUUGUCCAGGGAUAUAAACAUUGGAUUGUUAUUUUACCUGAAAUCCACAAGGUCCUUUUUUUCUGGAUCAUUGUAGAGUUUUGACCCAUUUUCAGUCACACAAAAUCCUGAGUUCUCUACUCCGACAAUUAAUCCACAGAUAAAAGGGAAAGCCUAGUUAGUUUCUUGUAAUCGCUCCUCCUUCAGUCUUCUUCUGUGGAUUUAUGGCGGUUGGCAACCAACUUUAAGGUGCAUAACUGCUACUGACUGGAGUGUGGACCUCAGUUCAUCUUUCAAUCACCCACGUGGGUAUAUGCUCCUAAAAACCAAUGAGGAGAUUGGAGAGGUGGGACUUGCAGUGCAUUAAGCGUCAAAAAUAGAACCAAGUUCUAUUUUAGCGCCUGGCUAUGCAGACGCUUGUUGAUGCGCGCAAGCAGUUUUGAUGAAAUGAUUGAAUAACGUAUGUGUACAUCUAUUUUGCAAUGCUCGCGCAAGCAAUGAGGGCGGUGUGGUCAGCAUGUGACACAAGACACAUGUUACCUCACAGAGGGAUUUCUACAGCUCUGGUGACUCGAGAAAGCAGUCACUUCUGUGAAUACUUGAAUGUUGUCUUCCGAAUCUUGACCUAUUGCUCUCUACUGUCUCUAGCCUUCUAAAACGUGUCUGUCUUACCUCUUCCACAGGGAACUUCUUUUAAACAAUAACCAGUUGCGGGUUCUACCUUUUGAGCUCGGAAAACUGUUUAAGUUACAAACACUGGGGUUAAAAGGUAAGCUUUCCCAUCAUUACAUUUUGGUGGUUUGUGGUAUCGGAGUUGAUUAUUUGAAGCUGGUCUUUCUGUUCAUGGGGUCUUGAAAGCUUGCAUGCGGAUUAUCCAAUGAUUCCCUGUAUUUUCAGUUUAGGUAAUAAUCUGUGUAUGCUGAUUUGGUUGCUCAUCCAAGUGAUUUCUAGAGUAGAGGUCAUAGAAUGAUAGAUUUGUCAUUGUUUUCAUUCUGUAUCCUUGAACCUGUGUAAUAUCUUCUGUGUAGUAUCUCAUUUCUUUCCUCUGUAUCCUCCUUCCGCAGGAAACCCACUUGUACAAGAAAUAUUGAACCUCUACCAGGAGCAUGAUGGCACGAGGAAACUGCUAAACUACCUUCUGGACAAUCUGGCAGGGACCAAACGAGGUCAAUCCAAAUACAGGAAAAGCAUCUUGUUGUUUUGAAUUGAGUGUGUUAGAUAAGUUAUUAUUUGGUGAAGGGAAUGACUUGGAUCUGUCAGUUGAUCUUGAUGAUCGUAUUAAAGUGGUCACUUUGAAGAUGUAUUUACACUCCUUUAAUCACUCAUAAGGGUCUUUUGGGUAGCAGUGUAAGGAUUACUCAUUUUCCCCCUCUGUCCCAGUCAACUCAGAGCAACCCCCACCCAGAUCAUGGAUUGUCCUGGCAGAGCCUGACCGGACACGAACAGCAGGUAACUUAACUCAUCCACCGUUUACAUAUCACUUUCAAAACCUAUCCAAAGCCACACACAUCAACACAAAGAACAUUAUGUGUGUUAUUAAUCAUAUUCAGAGCCCUAAUGAGAGACUAGGAUAAUCUCAUGUCUGCGUCCCUCUGUCCUGUGCUAGCCUUGUUUUCUGUGAUGUGCUACAACGUGCUGUGCGAUAAGUACGCCACGCGCCAGCUCUACGGCUACUGCCCCUCCUGGGCCCUCAACUGGGAGUACAGGAAGAAGUCCAUCAUGCAGGAGAUCAUGAAUUGCAACGCUGAUAUCAUCAGCCUACAGGUGGGCAGACAGAGAUGCUGAUGUGAUUUGAUACUGAAAGUUACAAUGAAUUAUAGGACACGUGCGUGGUACAAUCAGUCUAGAAUUUAGGGCAUUGUCUUACGUCAGCGAGCGCAGCGGCCGUGUUGUGGUUGUGAUGUCAUCUCCAUAGUUACAGGUUAUACACUUUGAAUAAUGCACCUUCAAAAUGAAGGUUAACCUGAAUUGUCAUGGUUUUUCCUGAACAGGAAGUGGAAACAGAGCAGUACUACAAUUACUUCCUACCGGAGCUGAAGGACCAGGGUUACGAGGGCUUUUUCAGCCCCAAGUCCCGCGCCAGGACCAUGUCGGAGUGCGACCGCAAGCAUGUAGACGGCUGCGCCAUAUUUUACAGAACUGAAAAGUGAGUUCACGACACCUGUCAGUCUUGAUUAGAUCAUGAGUUUAAGUAUGUUUAUGACAUUUGCCCUGUAUAUAGUGCGUUUCAGUGGUGUAAUGAUUCUAAAUUCAGCCAUUGCAGAAAAGCCUUUUAAGCUGUCCCAGAGGCAGCACAGUGCACUCACCUGUCUGUUCUGCCUCUCCUCUCUGCUGUCUAGGUUCAGCCUGGUGCAGAAACACACGGUGGAAUUCAACCAGCUGGCUAUGGCGAAUUCUGAGGGCUCAGAGGCCAUGCUCAACAGAGUCAUGACCAAGGACAACAUUGGUGUGGCUGCUCUUCUAGAGGUGCGCAAGGAGAUGAUGGAGGAGUCUGGUGAGUCUUUCUCUCACACUACACGUACACCAGCGAAAAAGCAUGAAUUCCAUAAGGCUUAAAUGUUUCCAUGUCAAAACGCUGGUGUUGUCCUAUGUGUGUUUGUCUAGUGGGGAAGUCUCUACACGGCAUGGAGAAACAGCUCCUCCUGGUGGCCAACGCCCACAUGCACUGGGACCCGGCGUACUCUGACGUCAAGGUGGUCCAGACCGUCAUGUUCCUGUCUGAGGUGAAAAACAUAGUGGACAAGGCCACGCGCAGCCUCAAGCUCUCCUCCGUCUCCGGGGAGACCAACACCGUCCCACUCGUCCUGUGUGCUGACCUCAACUCACUGCCUGACUCUGGUGUGUACGACUAACUGGGUCAGCCGAAAAGUGAGUUUAUGUACUCUACUGUAGUGCCUUUUGUAAUGCCUGGUGAUCUGUUUGUUUGCAUGCAGGUGUGGUGGAGUACCUGAGCUCGGGCGGAGUGGACAGCACCCACAAGGACUUCAAGGAGCUGCGCUACAUCGACAGCCUGACCAACUUCAACUGCAACGGCAAGAAUGGCACGUCCAACGGCAGGAUCACCCAUAGCUUCAAGCUGAAGAGUGCCUACGAAAACGGCCUGAUGCCUUACACCAACUACACCUUUGACUUCAAGGUGAGACUGCCCAUUCAUGUCUUCUGUAUAUCGCUCUUUUUGCGUUGGUGUCAAUUUUAGCUUCACAGUGUUUGUGAACUGUUCUAAAAGACUGGGUUAUUAUGAAAGCUUGGGUCACACUGGUGAAUAAUUUUCUCCAGGCCGGGGAUGUGAAUGUAUAACCUCCCGAGUGGCGCAGUGGUCUAAGGCAGUGCUAGCUGUGCCACUAGAGAUCCUGGUUCGAAUCCAGGCUCUGUCGUAGCCGGCCGCGACCGGGAGACCCAUGGGGCGGCGCACAAUUGGCCCAGCGUCGUCCAGGGUAGGGGAGGGAAUGGCCGGCUGGGAUGUAGCUCAGUUGGUAGAGCAUGGCGUUUGCAAUGCCAGGGUUGUGGGUUCGAUUCCCACGGGGGCCAGUAUGAAAAAAAUUAAAUAAUGUAUGCACUCACUAACUGUAAGUCGCUCUGGAUAAGAGCGUCUGCUAAAUGACUAAAAUGUAAAUGUAUCACCAUCUGAUGUGCUUUUCCUCUCUGUGCAGGGCAUCAUUGACUACAUCUUCUACUCUCAGCCUACGCUCAAUGUGUUGGGGGUUCUGGGUCCCCUGGAUCCUCACUGGCUCCAUGAGAACAAUAUCAGCGGCUGUCCCCACCCCCACAUCCCCUCCGAUCACUUCUCCCUGUUUGCACAACUGGAGCUGCUCCUUUCCUACCCGUCAUCAGUCAACGGAAUCCACCUGCCAGGGCGCAGGUAG